UUGAGAUGUUUGCUAAUUUCAAUGAUGUUUACUGGAAAUAUGGACGGAUAGCUAUUCAGAAAUUUAGGGAAAAUCCAUCUGAAAAAUCUUUACAAUAUGGGCACGACAUCACAUUUGAAGAAUUCCUCAGAUAUGUUGUAUAUCACUUUGAAAACUCGAAUGAAAUUGAACCCUACUGGACUUCAAUAAUGGAUGUCUGCCAUCCAUGUAACAUAGACUAUGACAUCAUAGGUCACAUGGAGACGUUUGACGUAGACUCAAAAUAUGCGCUAUGUACCUCUGGGAUAGCAAACAUGAUGGAGCUUUUUUCUGGGUUUGAAACAGACAUAAAGAAGAAGAACAUAAGAAGAAUGACGCUAGAAGCAUAUGAAAGAAAACAUGCAUUGGAAUCAGUUUUCACGCAUGAAGAGUUCUUAACACGGCACAUUUGGAACAUAUGUAUGCAUGAAUAUAUGAUAACACCAAUAAACAUAGAGAAUAUAUCAAUAAAUGCGACUGCAUUAGAAUCCUCUGCAUUGUUAGAACAACACUCAUCAUUUGAUUUUAGCAAUAAAAGGAUAUCUCAAACACAAAGUAAAGGCCCGUAUAAAGAGAUUCCUAACGAUUUGCUACAAAAACUUACAAAACUUUAUGUCAGUGAUUAUGAAAUGUUUGGGUAUAAAAGAAAGGAUGAGAACUGAUAAUCAAAGGUAAGAUGAUAACAUUGUGCUGUUUGUUUAAUUAAAACUCUUUGUAAAUAUAAACACACAAGCAAAAUAUAGAUAACAAUGUUUGGGUGCAAAUGUUAAACGUUGUGACCUAAAAUAAAACAUUAAUAAUAACACCAUAUAACUCCCAGGCUCACAAGAUGAGAAAACUUCCAAAAGAUGCAGUUGUUAAUAAAAGU